CUCAUGUGACUGAGGCUUGUCUGUCCCAGUAUAACACAAACUCCCGAGUGCCUCACACGGUGCCGGCGCAGGGCGAGCAGCGCCUCGUGGCCUGAGGUGCCGUACUGUGCAGCUGGAUGUGUGGAAGAAGCUGACCUCGCUCCCCAUGACAUUGUUCUGGCACUGUAAGGAAAUUGUCGGUCUCGCUGCUGCUGUGGUGCUCUGGCUCUCUGGAUGCCCCAGCACAUUCCCAAGUGGCAUGGCCACUGCUAAAAUGCCUCUGAAGAGUCAGUGAGGAAAUCCUGAAAAGCUAGUGUCAUUAUGGCAGGUUGGAAGUGAUGGACAAAUGAGUAAAGAAUCCAAUGAAACAUGAUGUACACCACUUGCAAAUGGAAGGAGAAAAGAAGUUCGACAUGAGUCUACUACGAACCAGUGAAGACAUGAAGGGACAGAACAUACCAACUCUUACCAUCUAUUUAUUUUACAUCAGUGCUACACUUUGGGGUUUUACAGAACAGGAAGAAGUUACAGGGCUAUUUUCUGAGGAUUGCAUCCUUCCUUGUUCUUUCCCAUGGGGGGAUGAUGUUGUAAUUCACUGGAGUAAAGGUGGAAAAACUGUGCACUCCUACUACCACCAGAAGGAUCAACCGGCAGAUAGCUCAGAAUACAUUAACAGAACACAGCUUUUCCAUGAGAACAUCACUAGUGGAAAUGCCUCCUUGAAAAUUUGUAACCUGACCGUGACUGAUGAGGGCACUUAUGAAUGUUAUGUGGGAACAAAGAAAACUCAUACAACCUGGAACGUCACACUACGUGUAAAAGUUUCCUCUUAUUAUGCACUGGAAUACGAAAAGACAGACACAGAAAGGAAACUGAAGUGUUAUGCCUUUCUCACUUAUCCAGCACCAAACAUAUCUUGGGUACAAGGCAACGUAUCCAUCCAAGAAAUAGAUCGUGAGGAAACCAGGGAUGGAGUUCUCUAUUCUCUUAGAAGUGACCAGAACAUUAUAAACACAGGAGCAGAUCCUUACUACUGUCAUAUUCAUGUCCAUCGUUUAAACUGGAUUGCUGAAUGGAAGAUGCAAGACCAACUGUCUAAUACAGAAGGAAGUGACACCAUAAUUCCUUGUGAAUGCAGCAGUAACACUGCAAACACUGAAGGUGUCUGUGUUGUUUGGAAACUGAACAGGAAUUCAGUGACUUCAGUCGUGGCCUCCUUCAAUGGGACAUCCCACUCUUACCAGCCUCGAGCCCAGAUAAACAGAAGUGACUUUUCACUGAUCCUGCAUCAUCUUACUGCAGCUGACAGUGGAGAAUAUCUGUGUAAUAUUUCAACACCUCACUACACAAAAGUUAUUGUGACAACUUUGCAAGUUGAAAUGCAGAAGGACAGGAAUCCUGUGAGCACCAUAAGGUACCAGAAGAAAAAUGCUUCUCUGCGCACAGGUGCAAUUGAAAUUGUUGAUGAACAGAGUUCCUUCACCUUCCCCUUUCAGUUACAGCAAGAGGGGCACAUGGAAAUGUGAUUCUCUGAGCAACAGUAAGAAACAAAGGAAGUGAUAGGAGG